AAAACACUUUACAUUUCGCUGCGCGGUAUGGCGUUUUGGAGUUGCGCGACUGCCUACGUUAGUGCAUUGGUUGCUGGUUGCAUCUACUCGUAUACCAUUUUGGAACAAAGGGAAGUCGAUCUGUGGUGGUCGAACAUUUCGAUAACAGAAAAGGAGAUUUCUUAUCGUACUGAACAAGGAUUAUAUUACUCUUAUUACAAAGCUCUCGUCGGAACAAAAACGUUUUUGAAGGGUUAGGCUCUUAUUAAUUCCUACAUAACUCUAGCACUUUAUGGCUUUACUAAGGAUAAUAAGACAGAAAGUCCUAAUCUUAUUAAUGUUUUUCACCGCAUGAACAUCUUUCCAGAAGUCAUGUUGGCUGCAUUUUAUCGGGCCUUCUCAAGAAUGCAACCCAUUGACUUUUACGACUGGGCCGCCACAAACUUGCAAUCACUUACCGCUUCCUCAAUGUGCAUCACGGCGUUUCUACUGACGGGCAAUGGGUUGGCCUCUAUCCUCUAUGCCGUUUUGUUUAUGGCAAACCGUUUGGAGAUGAGUCGCGUCACUUACACGCUUCCAUUACGGGAAAAUUUCGCUCUCCCAUUCUGGUGGCUGCGUGCUUUGUUUGUUACUGUGCUGCUCCAAACGAAUGAACCCAUAAACUUCAAAGCACGCUCACACUUCGCUAUCACAAUGGCCGUUUUUCUCAGCACAACUUUGUUCUGCGUGACCUGGCAAUUCAGUCAAUUUGCACUGCUCUUGGAUGCCCUUACAUUCACUUUGCUGCACCACAUUGGCCUUUUAACUGACGAUAAGGUACAGUUGUUCAUCGAAGCUUUUAUCUGA